GCUGUUAAAAUGCUUAAACCCAACGCUCAUUCUACGGAGAAGGAGGCGCUGAUGUCAGAGCUGAAGGUCCUCAGUUACCUUGGAAACCACGUGAACAUUGUUAACCUGCUGGGGGCCUGCACUGUCGGAGGCCCAAUUUUGGUGAUCACAGAGUACUGUUGCUAUGGCGACCUCCUCAACUUCCUGCGCAGAAAAAGAGAGUCCUUCUUAAACUCCCAAGUUGGUGAUGGUUACUAUCGCAACGUCUCAAACCCAACAGAGCCUGCAACAAGAGAGGUGACCGGGGCAGGAUACAUGCCUAUGCGUCCCUCUGAGAAAGAAAGUUCUUCCCACUCAG